AUGGAACAUGAAGCUAUGCACGACCAGCGAAGGCUCCGACGCCUCAUCGACGCCAAGGUGUCGGCCAGGAGGGGUUCUGAUGUCUCUAAACUGUUAGUGGUGCCCUCCAGAAAGGGAUCGGAAGGUUGGGGUCGUACGUUACAAAGACUUGACGCGAGAAUGAAGGAUGAAAUCCGAGCUGCUCGAAAGCUUAUCGACGAGGCUCACGCGAAUACUUUGCGGGAAAACGAAAAAUUAUGGCAAGCGACUCUUCUCAUUUUUGGCGAAUCUCCGUACAGCAUUUUCUCGAGAACGAAGGGGAUAUUUCUCCUCAUGCGCAGUAAAUACAUGGUCGGCGAUACAAGCCCUAUCUUUGCAUAUGCGUCAGUAGAUCGCUUUUUGAGCAUCAUCAGCCACCCAUUCCUUAGUGAGAGAUCAACUUCCGAGACUUUGCGGCUUUUCCUACAAUUUUCUGUAAUCGCGAAGAUUGGCGCCAGGACAGGAUGGUCCCCGCCGCUUGUCAAUGGGACAUCCGACUGUCCUAUCCUCGACAGUCCCCUCCUCAACGAGCUGAGAAAGGAGAUGUCUCUGGUGUCAAAAGACGAUCACACCACCGAGUCGAUAUACGAACGACUUAUCCGACUGACAAAAUCACAUGCGGAAUCAGUUGAGACUUUGAUACUUGCAAAAGUCGGGCACUUUGCCCGUGCGAGAGCUCCAGGGUCAACGCAGGCAAUUCAGAGGCGCCAAACGGAGCUGUACAAUCAAGCAGGCAUUUGUGCAGUCUCACAUCAUGAACUGGUUAGCAUAUCCGAGGCCAUUGACGAUGUAGCCUCCGCAAAACAAGAAAUGACAACCGAAAGAGCCCUGGAGGCAUUCAAGAAAGCCAAUCGUUGCUGGCUAACAGUUCCGUCACAUAAUAUGUUUUCCGUCAUGAAAAAAUCAUGGGAAUACGAAACCUGUCUUUCGUACACGUCACAACAGAGUCAAAUUUCUGCAGAAGAGACCCCCCAGCAGCGCAUUGAUAAUAACGGCACGACAUCAAUGCCCAAAAGUGCGUAUGGUGACUUGUCAGAGGUCCACGAACCCGAUCAGAGCAACAUGACAAUUGAAUGUCAGAUCACACGAGAAGUCGUUGCCGUUAACACAGAAGAUGAUGUCAUGAAUUGCUGCUGCGCUGCCAUCGACAAUGCGCCUAGGAAGAGCCUUGGGGAACUCUGGAUGGAUGAAAAUCCAUUUGAGAACCCAGUCUGA